UUUCAUAAAUGUAAGCUUUAUAAAUACUCUCCUCGAUAAAUAUAUGUAAUCGGACAGUGUAUAUGGUGACUGACAGGUGAUGUCAUUAUUCUUACAUAGUACGUUGCUUUUAGUAAAAUUGCCUUAACGACUAUUGCAAAGUCCUGCGAUAUCGUCUUUAAUUAAGCGUGCAUGAAACUAAAGAACUGAUUGAUAAAUUGCACUGAACUAUAAUUAACUAUCAUCAUUAAAAUAUGCCGGGUGUUACAGGAAUGUCGCUGGAUCAUAUGUUCUGCUCUCGAUGCAGAGAGGGCUUUGUGGCACACGAAAAGAUAGUUAAUUCUCGUGGUGAAUUAUGGCAUCCGCAAUGUUUCGUAUGCGCACAAUGUUUUCGACCAUUUCCAGAUGGAAUCUUUUAUGAAUUUGAAGGCUACAAGUAUUGUGAACAUGACUUCCAUGUUUUAUUUGCACCAUGCUGCGGCAAAUGUGGAGAAUUCGUCAUUGGUAGAGUAAUAAAAGCAAUGAACGCAAAUUGGCAUCCAGCAUGUUUUCGAUGCGAAGAAUGUAACGGGGAAUUAGCAGAUGCAGGUUUUAUCAAGUGCCAAGGCAGAGCUCUUUGUCAUACCUGUAAUGCUCGUGUAAAAGCUGGUGCUCUUGGAAAGCAUAUUUGCCAUCAGUGCCACGGGGUUAUUGAUGAUAAACCAUUACGUUUCCGUGGUGAAGUUUAUCACCCAUAUCAUUUUAAUUGCACUGCAUGUGGAAUAGAACUUAAUUCAGAUGCAAGAGAAGUUCGUUCCAGACCAGGUUAUGCUGCUAAUGAAAUGAAUGAAUUGUAUUGUUUGAGAUGCCAUGAUAAAAUGGGUAUUCCUAUUUGUGGUGCUUGCCAUCGACCUAUAGAAGAACGUGUUGUUACUGCUUUAGGAAAACACUGGCACGUAGAACAUUUUGUAUGUGCAAAAUGUGAGAAGCCAUUCCUUGGACAUCGUCAUUAUGAGAAAAAAGGUCUUGCUUAUUGCGAAACGCAUUAUCAUCAAUUAUUUGGAAAUCUUUGCUUUGUAUGCAAUCAAGUAAUUUCUGGCGAUGUUUUUACAGCCUUGAAUAAGGCAUGGUGCGUUCAUCACUUUGCAUGUGCGUUUUGUGAUCAAAAGAUGAAUCAAAAAACGAAAUUCUUUGAGUUUGAUUUGAAGCCUGCAUGCAAGAAAUGUUAUGAUAAAUUUCCUCAAGAACUAAAGAAGCGUAUGCGACGUAUGUACGACUCAAAUCCCAAAAGGAUACCAGCUUAAUAUUUUAUAUCAAAUGGAAAGAGAAAAGAUGCUUUUAUAAUAUUUUCUAAAUAUUUUCUCAUAUCUUAAAUUUGUAAUCUUUGCAUUAAGGUGCCUUAUGAAACCACAGAUAUAAAAUUUGUUAUAUAUUGAACUGUGUUAUACUAAUUAUUAAAAGAUAAAUAUUGACAUA